AGCUAGUUGUUUCAAUAGGAGAACAACAAGUGGCUACCUAGCUAAUACUUGCUCACAUGGAUUCCUAAAUUAUUGCUAAGAAUAUUGAAAAUUACUGCAAUUUCUACUGGUCAUUGUUUUCAGGCUUGUUUCAUUUGCGCUAYCUAUGUACCAAGCUAAAGCUAGCUACCCCAUAAGUUGCUAAUAACGUCUGUAUCAAAGAUAUUUGAAAACAUUGUUUAUCCUGCUCGUUUGAUCCUGAUCUAAUUUCAAAUGCUCACACAGACGUUUUCCCUUUCAGUCGAACAAAUAAUGCCUUAUUCCCAACGCAGUAUUGUACAGCAGUGAUCAUAAUGGUGGUGCUUGGCUUGUACAUGCAAAUUCAGCACACACAKCAUUCUAUAAUAUAAUUGUGUUAUUUGACGUGUCAAAUUAAAUGUGUAUUUAUAUUUUGACACGCAAAGACCAAAACUUCGCUCCAUAGAAUUCUACUGUCUGAAAAGGUACAUACGCUUCUGAUGCGGCACCAUUUUUACUAAAAACUCUCAGGAUCGAACYUAGAACCAAAACCAGCAACAGGUCUUUAAAAACAAUUUGAUUGGAUAUUAACAAACACAAACUACCUCGCCUACCACCUACAUAGAUUCAUUGGCUAGAUUAGAAAGGAGGCGGGAUUUAUGGUAGACUAGUCGUCGUCGCAGGAGAGGAAGAGCAAGACGGCCAUCUUCGUGAGGUCGAAAGAUUGCGUGUUAAGGCAAGGCAAAUUGUGCGAGUUUGACUGUGACAAGAUGUGCUCGAUUUAGCUUGGAAGGCUAGCCGGGUGGGCGUGGUGUAAAUGUUUGGGACCAUUCCAUCGGCUGGCACAUCGGGCUGUGACUUAAAUCGAGUGCACCUACUCUUAUUUAUUGCAACAAGCACAKAUGUAAAUGGCUUUCCAGCUAUCCUGCUCAGAUGCCUAGACACUGCUCUGCAGGUGGAUGCAAAUCCCGUGACACCAGAGAAAAUCGUAAGGCUGGCAUUACCUUUCACAGGUUGCCAAAGCGUGGAACCCCACGCCGGGACRUAUGGAUCAUCAACUCGCACCGCAAGGGCCCACAAGGCCAGGGGCCAUGGGACCCCCAGAGCAACUUCAUCUAUUUCUGCUCCAAGCAUUUCACCCCAGAGAGUUUUGAACUCUCAGGAGUCAGUGGGUACCGAAGGCUGAAGGACGAUGCAUUGCCCACAGUCUUCGAAAUGGUCAUGCAGCCAGGAGGAAGAGGAGGGGGGGAAACUCCUAGAGGAAAGGGCAAACAGAAUGUCAUAAGCCUACAGKCCAGGAGGUCCCGCUCUCUGAAAGUGGAACAAAACAGCCAGAAUGGUGCACAACAAGAAAUUGAAGCGAAAAAUAUAGAUCGUGGAGAACAAGUUCAGAGCUCUGAGACACCCAAUGGGGAAGCUAAUAACCGGAUAGAGCUGGGCAAAGCCCAGGCCCUCCCUUCCCCCCAGGGAACGUCUGCGCCGACUGUCGAAACACCACAGAGUUCCCCUCAACAACCAUCAGGCUCUUCACCCGGAGACCCACCUGGCUCUCCCCGUCCUCAUUCCCCAUCGCGAUACAUGCUGCGCCUACCCCCACCUCCUGGCUUCUACCUGCCCAAGGAACACAACUAUGCUCAGCAUUGCCCCCUGGUGUGGCGGAAGCGUUACGACAGGGCCAUCGACAACCUGGAGAAGUCCCUGCGUCUGCUUAGUGCGGCCAGGCGGAGGGAGAACCGGCUGCGGCAUGCGCUCCUGCGCCUCAGAGAGAAUCGUCUGAAACACACCCUGCUUCGCUCCCGUGACGGAGCUAAGGGCAGGGGAGGUCGAAUUCAGGGGUUGGAGAGGAAAGGACAUGGAGAUAAGGCAGGAGGUGUCAGCCUGGCUGAGCCAGAAGAGACUGAGAUGGAUGGAGUGCCAGAGGACUUGGGGUUAUUUGAAGACGGACCUGGGGAACCGAUUGACUGGGGAGGGCGGGUCCGGACUACAGAGACUAAAGCUGGGUUGGAAGAGGAGGGAGGUUACUGCUUCUACUGUGGAAGAGGGCGYGAGGACGAUGGGGUUAAAGUGACCAGGGGAAGCUCUCAGAUCAGGAAAGGUGGACAGGGAACUAUGGAUGAUGGCUCUUGGAGCUCUCAGGUUGAUGAGGGGGACAGAGAUGGUCGAAGAGGAAGACGAAUUCCAAAGAAGGCUCGAGUUCGGAAGGUUGUAGAGACCACAACAUAUGCAGGAGCGCCACAGGAAAGCUAUGAAAGCUACUACUAUCACUGUGGCGCGUCUGAGAGUGGUGAAGAUGUGCAGGUAGUCAUGGUGGAGCUGCCACCUGAGAAAGGGGUGAAAGCUGGCGUGGAACUUCACUGCAACCCUCAGCUGUCCAUCCCCCUGUUGCAAACACAAUCACCGGUGGGCCUUCAGCAGAUGCAGCCCUCAGGCAGAGCAGCACUGCAGGAUACCCACAGCCGGGUUCAAUUCCUGCAGCCUUGCCCAGCCUCCCAGCAAGGGUUACUCGUCACAGACCUGAACUCAAUAGAAGCAGAGCCAGUGGACAGCCAGCAGCAGCUGGAGGAGCCGGUGUUCUGGAUGCAGGAGGGCCAACUGCUCUUAGUGCCUGUGCCCUCUGAAGACUGGCUGAAGGGCACAGUUGGGAUGGAGGGAGUGGCAGAAGAGGUGGGAGCACAAACCAUAUUAGUGUCAGAGGUGGGAUUUCCUAGAGACUUGGUGGAGGAGAAAAAGGGGCUGUGCUUGGAGGGUGGGGGUACAGGGCUGAGGGUUAUAUUGCCCACUGAUGGACAGGGAGGCCACCACUCAGACAUCAGGACUACUGUGGUGAGCGGUGAUGUGAGGGAGCGGUUGAAAGAACACUUGGAGGGGUUUCAGCUCCAGCUUAGCAGUGAGUUUAUUGACUGAAGGCUGUAUCAUAUUAAAGGGCCAAAGGGUGAAAGCCUUCAUGUAGAGAGUGAAAAGGUGUCAGCAUACUGUUGUGUUUUAUAUACAUCAGCUAAGAUGGUGGAAUGUUAACUUAUAACUUAAAUCAGGUGGAAAGGUCAAGAGAACCAUUUAGCAGGACAAAUCAGUCAUAUUCUUACCAGCUUGUUAGCCCAAAAUGCUUCAUAAAAAUACAAAAACAUUCCAUUUACUCACUUCACGCAGGCUUGUGUAGUAGAGCAGUGGUUCCCAAACUGUGGGGCGCGCCGAGAGGUCGGUGGGGGGCGCAAGGUGCAAUUUCGAAAUUGGGGUAGUGCAGCAUCAGUUCCUGUUGUCUUGUCAGUCAUUGCAGACCUUAGAGAGCUAUUUAUAACUUGUUGGAAAUCAACUCGCCCAUGUCAGCUAACUUUUUUUUUUUUAGCUAGGUUUUUUUUGCCUAUAGAUUCUGUUGUGAUGUUUGAGUCACUCAAAUAUCACAUGAAUAAACAUUAGACAUGGCAAACUGUAUAGAAUUGCAAGAAAAUUUGCUUUAAACGGCAAAAUGUUCUCUAAGCAAACAAGAAGGGUGUGAACAGUUUGUGUCAUGAACAGUGCUUGUGCCCAUAAAAAUAAACAUGGUGCACGCAUGCGCGUGAUGUUCCCCAAUGCCUGUGUGAAACGUUUGGGAACCCCUGUAGUAGAGCAUACAAAGUSUAAUUGAAAACAUUUCAAAGCAUACAUCACAGAAUUAAUGAAAUACAUUGUAAAUUAUGCUCAGUUACACUUGUCAUUGCCUGUACAUACAAUUAUUACAGUUAAUAAAAUAACGUAUAAUUUCACCAUCUGUAA